CUGCGGGUCCGCCUGGAGCUGCCCGACGGCGCGGCGCGGCCCGGCGCCCCGCAGCUGAAGCAGCUGGUGGUGGCGGCGCUGCGGGAGCUGCACGGAGAGGUUGGGGCCGCUUUGCCUGUCGACGUCUUGGUGUAUGAGGAGAAAAGUCUCUGUGCCGUCCUGAGAGUGGUCAGCGGAGGCUUCGUCAAGCUGUGGAGCGCUCUGACCCUGCAGGGCUUCUACCAGAACAGGCGGUGUGCCUUCCGGGUGCUGCAGACAUCUCCAUCUUCUUGCGUUAGCUGGGAACAGCAGGGAGCUGGUCUUGGACUGAGUGUGUCUGGUUGGACUGUCAGAAGGUCCUUGAAAUGUUGCUGCUCUUCAGGUGUGGAAUUUCUAGAGGGGAUUUCCGACACGGAGCUUUGACAAAGCUGGCGGUUACCAACCUGUUGUUUGGAUGUCCAUUACUUCAGAAUUUACAUAUAAAAGUGGGAGACAAAGCUGAACUUACCAGAGUUUUUACACAGAAUGAUGUUCUUACUUUUUCUCAUUUAACAGG